GGCUCAGCUCCGUCUCGACUAGAAAUGACUACGCAAACAGAGCGCACAGACGCCAUUAACUGGGUAUUGAGGAUAAUGCGCCUUGGAGGACUCUGGCCGCUGUCGACGUCCAGAGAGGAGCCCCCGUUGCUGGCAUUCCUAAAAGUCAACUACCGUUAUGCGCUACACGUGCCAAUCACAUUCACUUUCAUUGGACUCAUGUGGCUGGAGGCGUUUGUGUCCAACAACCUGGAACAGGCCGGCCAAGUGCUCUACAUGUCGCUGACAGAAAUCGCGCUGGUUGUGAAAAUUUUGAACAUCUGGUAUCGGAGCACAGCUGCCCGGCGGAUAAUGGGCCACAUGAAGCACUCAAGCGACUACGAGCUGCAGUCGGAGCAGGAGCACAGCUAUUGGCAGCAGCAGCAAAGGCUCUUCAAAUGCUAUUUCUAUUUGUUUCUGCUCGCGAGUCUGGGCGUGGUCUACAGCAGCUGCAUUGGCGUUCUGUUUCUGCACGACUACGAGCUACCCUUUGAUUACUUUGUGCCCUUCGACUAUCGCAAUGAGCGCAGAUACUACUAUGCCUACGGCUACAGCCUGAUUGGGAUGACUGUGACGAGUGUCUCGAAUGUUUGCCUCGAUGCACUCGGCUGCUAUUUUCUCUUUCACCUAUCCCUGCUCUAUCGCCUGUUGGGCACCCGAGUGAGGGGACUGGAGUAUGCCGCUGGUGAAGCGGAAUUCAAAGAGAAAUUGGUCAUCAUUUUCAAGCUACACAAUCGCAUACGCAACUUAACUUUCCAGAUCGAGACUUUGGUCUCGCCCUACGUUCUCUCCCAGAUCGUGCUGAGCGCCUUCAUCAUCUGCUUCAGCGGCUAUCGCCUGCAGCACGUGGGCAUCCGCGCCAAUCCGGGCCAGUUCAUAUCCAUGCUGCAGUUCCUCAGUGUCAUGGUGCUCGAGAUAUUCCUGCCCUGCUACUUCGGCAACGAGGUCACCGUCUAUGCCCAUCAGCUGACCAACGACGUCUACAACACCAACUGGCCGCAGUGCGACAAGCGCAGCCGGCAGCUGCUCAUCGCCUACAUGGAGCACCUCAAGAAACCCACCAAGAUUCGGGCUGGCUAUUUCUUCGAGGUUGGAUUGCCCAUUUUCGUUAAGGUUGUCGUCAGAUAUUCAAUAUUCACUACUUAG